UGUUCUUCUUUCAAUAGGAUAAUUGUCAAAAAGUGGCAAGUCCCGUUUCAAGUACUUAGAGGCAGUAGUUGGAAGCAAAUAAGGAGUGUUUUGUCCGUCAAUAAGUAGUAUCACUGUACUCCUCCACAACUAAAAUUUAGAAGGUUGCUUUUAAGAGAUGAUAGGGAAAGCGUCAAGUUCCCAUUCCAGUGUUGGUCUAAAUGGUUCUGGUGCUUUGUCACAUGUAUAUAUCAGAUAUCCAUCCCUAAGAUGCAGUAUUCCAGGAUCUAGGGGUUUGUUUUAUGAUGAUGCGAAUAAAUUACUGAUAUCCCCAACGUCAGAACAGGUUUUCUCAUGGAAAGUUGUACCCUUUGCUUCUAAUGUUGCUCCUACAAGCGAUUCAAUAAGUGAAGGGCCCAUUUUAUCUAUUCGGUAUUCAUUAGAUGGAAAGUUUAUAGCAAUUUUAAGAUCUUCUCACGAGAUACAAUUUUGGCAUAGAGAAAGUGGGGAAACUUUUACUCAUAGAUGCCGACCGGAGUCGGAGAGUAUCUUGGGAUUCUUUUGGACAGAUUGUCCAUUGUGUGAUAUUGUACUUGUAAAAACUAGUGGGCUGGACUUGCUUGCUUAUAAUUCUGAGUCGAGAUCAACACAGUUGGUGGAAACAAGGAGACUGACUGUGAGUUGGUAUGUUUAUACUCAUGAAAGUCGCUUACUUCUUCUCGCUUCUGGAAUGCAAUGCAAGACCUUCAAUGGAUUUCAGCUUUCAUCUGCUGGGAUCAUCCGCUUACCAAAGUUUGAGAUGGUGAUGGCUAAAUCGGAGGCUAAUAAUAAGCCAGUUCUUGCUGCUGAAGAUAUAUUUGUCGUCACCAUCUAUGGUAGAAUAUACUGUCUUCAGGUUGAUAGGGUUGCAAGGCUCCUCCACACGUAUAGGUUUUACCGUGAUGCUGUUGUGCAACAGGUUUAUUUAUUUAUUGUUAUCAAAAUACCUAAUUCCCCUAAUGUCUGA